CGCGACCAACAUCUGGACCCCGUGCCCCUUUCCCUCCCUCCCUCCCUCUUUUAUCAUACCGACUUGGAUGGCCGACAGCGGGCUGGGCGCUCUUGAGCAGGAGAUUACCGCCCUCCACGAUUAUGCCGCUGUGCGCUACACAAACGUUGCGUUCGUUGCGCUGAUCUUGUACGACUACGUCAUCACGAUUGAUACUAUUGAUCGCAACUGACAGGUGUUUCUGCACCAUAGAGGUGUUUUCAGUCGUUAGAGCCAUUUAAUGCAUCUAUUGCCUUCGGGUUUUUUUCAAAUCAUUCCUUAUAUACUCUCAAAUGAUUGUGCAAAGUCCGAGAGCAAUCGGGCAAGUGCAAAGAAUUGCUCGGCGCUGCCGGCGCAUCAAAUGAGGUGUUCUCAAGCUCAUCUCUGUAAUUCCAAGCCUCCCGUUGGUCAUUUCAGGCCGGGUAAAGACGAGCAAUAUAUUAUUAAGUAUCUAAAUCGUAUUCGAUACACGCUUUGCUAUUCCGGGCUUGCAAUGGAUGUGAGCAAGGGUGAUCAGCCAAAGCGUGACAAUUCAAGCUCCGCGCAUCAAACACGUUGAUUGACAGCCAUGUGUGUCUGGCGUCGGAACCUAUUCCUGGCCCAUCAUCUCAACCUCUGAUUGCUCCGUCCUUGGCUCCUCAGCAGCCUACGCUACCUUACACAUUGGUUUUGGAUCCUUUUUCGACUUUCUCACUCCUGCCUCCUGUACCAUACACAUCUGGUUUCCAAUGGACUUGAAAUCCACAUUAUACAUCACACUUAUAAAACUAUACACCUACUAAUGGCUCGAGGACCUUUCCACCUGGGUCUAGCACCUCUCACAUGUCGUCAAUACAUGUAAUGUAUCUACUUCACACUUAUAUUCUUUCUUCUGUGAGUGUUGACGCGACUCGGGGAGCACAAGAUCAAUUGCCGGUUUGGCCAUCACACUGUCAUCACUGUGUCAGUGUGACAAUUGUG